AUGCCGCCGCUGCCGCUGCCCUUCCUCCUCCUCCUCCUCCUCCUCCUCCUCCUCCUCCUCUCCGCCGCCCCCCGGGGCUCGGCGCAGCCCUUCCCUCCGGACCUGGUUCCCCGCAGCUCCGUGGGGCUCGCAGCCACCGCCGCCUACCCCCGGUUCGGGGGCCUCCGGGGGGACAACGUCACCGAGCAGCUCGGGCUCGACUUCCAGCGCAUGCUGCGGCUCAACGGAUCCCUGCUGCUGGCGGCCCGGGACCACAUCUACGCCUUCGACCUGGGGCAGGACAAGGGGAUGCUGUACCCUGAGCGGCACCUGACCUGGGAGGCACGGGACAGGGCCAACUGUGCCAUGCGGGGCCGGCUGCAGGAUGAGUGCCACAACUACAUCCGGGUGCUGGUGCCCCUCGAUGCCCGCACCCUCCUGGCCUGCGGCACCAACGCCUUCAGCCCCCUCUGCCGCACCUACCAGGUGAGCAGCCUGGAGCAGGAGGGUGAGGACGUGAGUGGCCAGGCCCGAUGCCCCUUUGACGCCCAGCAGAGCAUCGUUGCCCUCUAUGUUGACGGGAGCCUCUACUCUGCCACCGUGGCCGACUUCCAGGCGAGCGAUGCUGUCAUUUACCGCAGCCUCAGCCCCGGGCGCCUGCCCCUGCGCAGCCUCAAGUACAGCUCCCGCUGGCUGCAGGAGCCCCACUUUGUGCAGGUGCUGCCCUAUGGCCCCUUCGUCUACUUCUUCUUCCGGGAGGUGUCAGUUGAGCUCCGCGCCAUGGGCAAGGUGCUGGUGUCGCGGGUGGCGCGUGUCUGCCGCAACGAUGGCGGCGGCUCCGCGCGGGUCCUGGAGCGGCGCUGGACCUCGUUCCUGAAGCUGCGGCUGCUCUGCGCCCUCCCCGGCGACACCGACUUCACCUUCGAUGUCCUGGAGGCCGUGACCCCCCCCCGGGCCCUGAACGGCAGAACCGCUGUGCUCGCCCUGUUCGGCACCCAGCCCAACAGCAUCCCCGGCUCCGCCGUCUGUGCCUUCUACCUGGCGGAUGUGGAGCGGGCGUUCGAGGGCCCCUUCGCUGAGCCCCACGGCACUGCUGGCACCUGGACCCCAGUGCCCGAGGAGCAGGUGCCCCAGCCCAGGCCUGGCUCCUGCGCCGGGAUGGGACCGGCCGCCGGCAUCAGCACCUCCAGGGACUUCCCGGAUGAGACCUUGUCCUUCGCCAAGGAGCAUCCCCUGCUGCAUGGGGCCGUGGCACCCGCGGGAGGGCGGCCCCUGUUCACCCGCACCGGCACCAGGCUGAUACGGUUGGCGGUGGACACGGGCGCGGGGCCAUGGAGGAACCAGACUGUGCUCUUCCUGGGUGCGGAGGACGGGCGGGUGCUGAAGGUGCUGAUGGGGACACAGCAGCCACCCAUGGGCACCCCAGCACCGGGAGACAGCGACGGGGACACCGGCUCUGAGGCGCUGCUGCUGGAGGAGAUCAGCCUCUAUGACCCCGAGCGGUGCCGGGGUCCGCGCGGUGCCAGCCGCGUGCUGGGGCUGGAGCUGCACGUGCCGGAGCUGUUCGUGGCCUUCGCGGGGUGCCUGGUGCGCAUGCCCGUGAGCCGCUGCGCACGGCACGGGGCGUGCCGCAGGAGCUGCGAGGCCUCACGUGACCCGUACUGCGCGUGGCUGCCGCGCGCCGGCUGCGUGCUCGUCCCCGAGCACCCCACGAGCGGCUUCGAGCAGGGCGCGGACGGAGCCGACGGGGCCUGCGCAGAGCCAACGGCUGCGGGGGACGACGGCAAGGACAGAGCCCAGGCUCUGCAGCGCUCCAUGAAGCCCCCGGUGCUGCCCAAGCCCCUGCAGGCACCCCCCGGGUGGCCCUGA